UGCUCUUCCUGUUGGAGCCAUGGCAGAGAACUCCGACAAAGUCCCUAUCACCCUGGUGGGGCCAGACGACGUCGAGUUUUGCAGUCCCCCGGCGUACGCCACCGUGACCGUGAAGCCCUCCAGCCCCGCGCGGCUGCUCAAGGUCGGAGCCGUGGUCCUCAUUUCCGGGGCGGUGCUGCUGCUCUUCGGAGCCAUCGGGGCAUUCUACUUCUGGAAGGGUAGCGACAAUCACAUUUACAAUGUCCAUUACACCAUGAGUAUCAAUGGGAAAUUACAAGAUGGGUCAAUGGAAAUAGAUGCUGGGAACAACUUGGAGACCUUUAAAAUGGGAAGUGGAGCUGAAGAAGCAAUUGAAGUUAAUGAUUUCCAGAAUGGCAUCACGGGAAUCCGUUUUGCUGGAGGAGAAAAGUGCUACAUCAAAGCACAGGUAAAGGCUCGUGUUCCUGAGGUGGGCACCGUGACGAAGCAAAGCAUCUCUUCUGAGCUGGAAGGCAAGAUCAUGCCAGUUAAAUAUGAAGAGAAUUCUCUUAUCUGGGUGGCUGUCGACCAGCCUGUGAAGGAUAGCAGCUUCUUGAGUUCUAAAGUCCGUGAACUCUGUGACAACCUCCCCAUUUUCUGGCUUAAACCCGUGUAUCCAAAAGAAAUCCAGAGAGAAAGAAGGGAAGUGGUAAGAAACAUUGUUCCAACUACCACAAGAAGACCAUACAGUGGGCCGCUGCACAAUCCAGGCCCUGGAAGACCAAGUAACGAAACUAGACCCAGUGUUCAAGAGGAUACAGAACCCUUCAAUCCUGAUAACCCUUAUCACCAGCAGGAAGGGGAAAGCAUGACAUUUGACCCUAGACUGGAUCAUGAAGGAAUCUGCUGUAUAGAAUGUAGGCGGAGUUACACCCACUGCCAGAAGAUCUGCGAACCUCUGGGAGGCUACUAUCCAUGGCCUUAUAAUUAUCAAGGAUGCCGGUCAGCCUGCAGAGUUGUCAUGCCAUGUAGCUGGUGGGUGGCCCGCAUCUUGGGCAUGGUGUGAAAUCACUUCAUGUAUUUGGCACUGUCAAGUAAGAAUUAACUUGAGAGUUGACAACCAAAGAAAGUAUGCUGAUGCUGAGGGGCCACAAAGUAUUUUAUACUCAACCUGACCAAUGUCGUCCUA